AUGGCGAAGAAGUAUGUCGCGAGAUCCACCAUGAAAUGCAUAAAGGAGGAACUGUUUAGAUGGGUCUGCGAGAGACACGCGACAAACGGCAAUCUGGACAAGGAUCUAGUCCGUGAAAAAGCGUUCGAGUUGACAAAAGUGUUCGGGCUGAACGAUUUCAAGUGUUCGAACGCGUGGAUCACCGUUUUCCUGAAGGAACACGGGAUCACCGUGGAUCUAAGGAAUCAAGGGGAUCCGGUGUUUAGCAACUACCGGGGCUGGCUCGAAGCGAUGAGACCCACGAUCAUCGGUUACAAACACAACGAUCUCUUCCACGUGGACGAGCUGACCAUGUAUACAGAUAUCUUGCCCGCGAAGAUCCCCUCGUCGGACAAGAUCGUGGGGUCGGAUGGUGGGAACCCGCGGAAUCGAAUAACGAUCCUGUUGGGUUGCAACUCGUCGGGCACGACGAAACUACCCCUGCUGAUCUGCGGCCCGUACUCGUCCGUCACAACGACCGGGGAUCACGUUUAUCGCCACACCGAGAACUGUUCCAUCGGCGACGACCUGUUCCGUGAUUGGUUGUCCGCAGUGAACGAUCGUAUGUCGAGAUCCGAUCGAAAGAUCCUGCUGUUCCUCCGACGGAACAGAGCGCACGCACUUCGUGAUUUCCCGACGAGCAACGUGAAUCUCGUUUACUUUCCCAACGAUUUCCCGCCGUUGUUACGGCCGUUGCGAAGGGACGUUUUCCAUUAUGUGAAAAUGAUCUUCAGACGAAGGUACGCGGAAAAGUUGAACCCUCGCGACGUCCUGGAGUCUCUGAUCGGGGCAUGGGAAUCGGUGCCGCGAGAGAUCGUGGUCUACAGCUUCCAGAGGACGCAUUUCAGAACCGAUGACCACGUGCUGCAAAUCGAUUGCAAUUGCUGGGACGAUCUCAAGACCGGUAUUUCCUUCAAACGAUUCGUAACAUUCGACGACGAUCUCUCGGACGUACAGCCACCCCCGUCUGGAAAAUGCGCUCGAUAUCACGGUUACAAUCUGAGAGCAACUAACGGAAAGCUCGUGGAAAUCAACCUUGACGAUGGGAACUCGACGAGUGAUAUUGUCAAGGGGAUAAAAGAAACGAAAUCCGAAGAAUCGUUCGACGAAUCGAAUCGGGGUUAUCGCGCGAAGUCACUCGAAUUAAAGAAUUCGAUGGAGCAAAGAUUCGAUUCCGGCAUGGAUUGGAACAGAGGACGACGACGCAGUUUGUCGGCGAAAAACUUGAAUCCAUUGUCUCCUGUUUCCCCGCAAGCAUUAAUCACUGAAAAGAGACGACGAGAGUCGUCGGCCACGAAUGGUUCCGGGGACGAUUGUUCGAGCGACAGUGUAUCAAGCGAGAAGAAGCUGAAAACUGAUUCCAAUUGGUCCAAAGAAUUCGAGACCACUUUUGUUUUCGGCACUUCGAAUUCCACUAAUUGUCCUACGACGCAGCAACGCGACGAAACUAUCCACUCGUGUAUCUUUAACGCGACACCCUAG